GCCCCCUCGCCCCGUUAAUUAGAAUCGAAGCUUAAGCGAGGUGCGAGAGCUCGAGUCUCAGAUCUGAUCUCUGCGUCACCACCUUCGACACCGCCACCGGCAUCGUUCAUGGAGGCGAGUCAAUCCGGUCCCGAGAGAGACAGAGGCAGCGGUUUGCCGUCGUCUAUCAACGUUGUCUGCAGCUUCUGGAGAGAUUUUGAUCUAGAAAAGGAAAGAAGUGGGCUUGAUGAACAAGGGCUAAAGAUUGCUGAAAACCAGGAAGUUAGUCAGAAGAAUAGACGGAAGCUUGCUGAGAGUACUCGUGAUUUUAAGAAAGCAUCUGCAGAUGAUAAGCUGAAUUUGUUUAACUCCUUGCUUAAGAGUUAUCAAGAAGAAGUUGACAAUCUAACAAAGAGGGCAAAAUUUGGUGAAAAUUCAUUCCUUAACAUUUAUCAGAAACUUUAUGAAGCUCCAGAUCCUUAUCCAGCUCUUGCAUCUAUUGCUGAUCAAGACCAAAAGUUGUUAGAAAUAGAGUCUGAGAAUCGAAAAAUGAAGCUUGAACUUGAAGAAUAUCGAUCUGAAGCUACUCAUUUGAGGAACCAACAAGCUACAAUUAGAAGACUUGAGGAGAGAAAUCGCCAAUUAGAGCAACAGAUGGAAGAAAAAGUAAGAGAGAUUGUUGAAAUUAAGCAACGCAGUCUGGCUGAAGAAAAUCAGAAAACUCUAGAAGUCCUCAAAGAAAGGGAACUCUUGAUGCAGGAUCAACUAAGGCAGGCCAAGGAAAGCGUGAUCAAUAUGCAGAAAUUGCAUGAGAUUGCUCAAAGCCAGUUGUUUGAACUUCGCACUCAAUCAGAGGAAGAAAGUGCUGCGAAGGAAGCUGAGGUAAAUCUCUUAAUGGAUGAAGUUGAACGUGCUCAAACUCGGCUACUUAGUCUGGAGAGGGAGAAGGGACUUCUGCGUUCCCAGGUGCAAUCAACAGACGAAAUCAAUGAAGACAAGAAAAGUGAUGUGGAGAUGAACAUUAUGUUGGAGAGCUCCUUGAAUGCAAAGGAGAAAAUAAUCUCUGAGUUGAAUAUGGAGCUUCAUAACAUGGAAUCCACAUUAUUAAACGAGAGGGAGCAGCAUUUGAAUGAGAUAAAGAAGUUGAAUGCACUAAUCAAUGAAAAGGAUAGUGCUCUUUUGGAGAUAAGAAGAGAACUUCAAGAAAGACCAACCACAAGAUUAGUUGAUGAUCUGCGUAAAAAAGUUAAAAUUCUUCAGGCAGUUGGAUAUAAUUCCAUUGAAGCUGAAGAUUGGGAACUAGCUAGUACUGGUGAAGAGAUGAGCAAGCUUGAGUCUCUUUUACUUGACAAAAACCGCAAGAUGGAGCAUGAGCUAACACAAUUGAAGGUCAAAAUAUCAGAGAAAACUAGUAUUCUAGAAGCUGCUGAAGCUAAGAUUGCAGAACUUACUGCCAAGGUGGAUGAACAACAAAAGCUUAUUACAAAACUGGAAGAUGAUAUUUUAAAGGGUUAUAACUCUACGGAACGAAGAGGAUCACUUAAUGAUUGGGAUAUUCAGGAAGUUGGCUCAAAUGAUGUAUCUGAGGGUUCAGAUCACAGAUUCACAGCUUCAGAUCAAGACCAAAGUUCGAUGCUCAAGGUCAUAUGCAACCAGCGUGACCGUUUCAGAACACGCUUACGAGCAUCAGAAGAGGAAGUAAGGCAAUUGAAGGAGAAGAUGGGGACACUGGUGGUAGAACUGGAAAAUACUAAGGCUGAUAAUGUAAAACUUUAUGGCAAGAUCCGUUAUGUUCAAGACUACAAUCUUGAAAAGCGCCCUAAGAAGUUUGCAGAAGACAUUGAAACAGGUAAUUCUGAUGUUGAGUCCAAGUAUAAGAAAAUGUAUGAGGAUGAUAUAAAUCCUUUUGCUGCUUUCUCAAAGAAGGAAAGGGAUCAAAGGUACAAGGAGCUUGGCUUACGGGAUAAAAUUACUCUUAGCAGUGGCCGUUUUCUACUUGGCAACAAAUAUGCCCGGACAUUCGUUUUCUUUUACUCCAUUGGCUUGCAUCUCCUUGUUUUCGCAUGUUUAUACAGAAUGUCAGCUUUGAGCUAUCAAAGAGCUACACCCGAAGCCAUUCUAGAUGCUGGUAAUCUCACACGAGUUUAGUGGCAUCUAAAAUCCAAAUUCCGGCACUACGACUUGUCUGAUGGGAACCAGUUGACUGUGUAUUUGAAGGAAAAUUAUUGUACAUAAUAAUGAGUCUUUCUGAUUUUUAUUGACCAAUUGGUUACUCUUAUAUCAGACAUGCUUUUUGUAAAAUAAAGAUCAAUUGCACUUUUCUGAAAAAUAUAUAAUUGAUUUUUUCUGAUA